GGCGCAGAGCUCUACAUGCAACACGGCAGAAAAAAAGCAAGCAAAGUUCAGCGGGUAGUGAAAAUUUUCUAAAAUAUACUGAAAAUAAACAGAAACAAAGUUUUAAAAACAAAAAAAAUAUUUAAUAAAACAGACCAAGUGUUAGUUUAAAAUAAAAGCUAAAAUAAGUAUACAAUCUUAUCGGAAAAAAGCAAGUGAAGAAUUUUUAUAAAAGAUAAACAAAUUUUUUUUGAAAGUAUAAAAAACAAGUAAACUAUAUAGAUUUACAAUAAACUUUAACUUUAUGUUGUACAUUGGUAAGUUUGAAGCUUACCAAUGUUUUCCCUCGUUCAAAUGAAAUUCCGUGCAUUAUUGGUAUUAUUAUCAAAAGUAUGGACCUGCAUAUGUUUUAUGUUCAAUCGCCAAGUCAGAGCUUUUGUCCAGUAUCAACCUGUUAAAUAUGAACUCUUCCCAUUGUCACCGGUAUCCAGACAUCGCCUGAGCAUUGUGCAACGUAAAACUUUAGUUUUGGAUUUAGAUGAGACACUAAUACAUUCGCAUCACAAUGCUAUGCCUCGUAAUACGGUGAAACCAGGAACACCUCAUGAUUUUACAGUUAAAGUGACAAUAGAUCGUCAUCCAGUUAGAUUUUUUGUACAUAAAAGACCACAUGUUGAUUUCUUUUUAGAUGUGGUCUCCCAAUGGUAUGAUUUAGUGGUUUUUACCGCCAGCAUGGAAAUUUAUGGUGCUGCGGUCGCUGACAAAUUAGACAAUGGCCGUAAUAUAUUACGUCGCCGCUAUUAUCGUCAACAUUGUACGCCAGAUUAUGGUUCAUAUACCAAAGAUUUAUCAGCUAUUUGUAAUGAUUUAAAUAGAAUAUUCAUAAUUGAUAACUCUCCUGCUGCAUAUCGCUGUUUUCCCAACAAUGCUAUACCAAUUAAAAGUUGGUUUUCGGAUCCCAUGGAUGUUUCAUUAUUAUCAUUAUUACCCAUGUUGGAUGCAUUAAGGUUUACGAAUGAUGUGCGUUCGGUUUUGUCGCGAAAUUUACAUUUACAUGGUUUAUGGUAGCAGAUUAACAAAUUGAAAAUUUGGUGCUGUGACACUUAAACGAAUUUUUUGUUUGUUUCAUUACAUUAAAAUUUGAUUAUUAUUAUUAUAAUUUUUUUUUUUUUUUAUGCUAAGGAUUAUUAUAAACAUAUAAAUCAUAAAUCAGACAAAUUUAUGAAA